AUGCAGGACUCUCUGUUCGCGCGGUCCAUCAUAUCUGGGCUUUGGGACGGCAACUCAAGGUCCUUCAGGAUGCUGGUGGUUCUUCUAGCUCUGGUUUUGAAUAGCUCUGCGGUUUUCGCAUUGGUUACUACGCCCGGCUCGCCCUGUGCAGAUGUCUGUGGGACGACGACCAAUACCACAUCUAGUGAGAUUGCGUGUCUGGAUCAAUCGUACAAUCAAACGACGACCGGGAAAAGUUUCAAAAAAUGCAUAUCUUGUCAGUUGGAUAGCGAAUUCCACGACGCCAGCACUGGUGAAUCGGAUGUGAACUGGGGACUCUACAAUCUGCGCUACGCUUUCUCAACCUGUGUCUUUGGGGUCCCAGACUCAAUCUCCAACAUAUCCUCUCCUUGUCCAGUCACAUGCGAUGAUGUUCGAUUAGCAGUAGGAACCGAUCUAGAGGAAUCAAAUUCCUCCAAUUUGAAUGCCUGGUGUGAUACGCCAACAUUCGCAGACAAUGUGGUGAACGCGUGCGAAUUCUGCUACAAUCUGACAACCAACCAGGUCUAUCUGGCAAACUUUCUCGAGUCCAUCCGCUACAACUGCCACUUCAAGACAGUAAUGGGCAAGGCAUUCAACAUAGACCCAACAAGAAUUUUCACCCAGUCUCUCCUCCCGUCGAGUCUUUCCCUCACAACCGCAACCCCAAGCUCCUCAAAUCUGAAUUUGGGCGUGGUAAUAGCCGUCCCGAUAGUAGGUUUCCUGAUCAUCCUCUGCUCCCUCGCGAUAUGCUGCUUCUUCUUCAUCCGACACCGUCGGAAGAAGACGCGCCGAACCCGCCAACCGGGCAACAUGUACAACGAUUGGAGUCCCAACUCGUCGAGUGGUGCCCAGCAGGCUUGGGGCCAGAAUCAGAUGUACAACCCUGGUGGUUAUGGGUACGGGCCUGGCAUUGGAUUCAUGGACAAUGAUGGUCGCGGGCAAGAGCUUCCGUAUGGCUAUGGCCAGGACCAUGGGAUUAGUCCAGACCAGCAGUAUCAGCAGCACCAUUAUCAGCAACAACAGUACCAGCAGCAGUACCAAGGACAAGACAAGUCGGGCUUCGCCCAUGCGAUCACGGAGCAGCAACCUCACCAGCAGUUUCCUGUUCAUUCCCCUGUCUUGGAUCCCGAUCAGAAGGGGCCUCAUCAGUGGUAA